AUGUCCAGAGUUACAUCCUCUUGUAUUGGCAUAGAGUGCAAGUCCACCUUCUUUCUGCUUUCCGCAGAUGAUGCAGGAGAAUCCCAUUUGCUGGAUGUCUCUUUGAAUGCUAAAUGUGGAUACAAACUACGAAAGAACUAUAGGGGUGACUUAGAUCUGUUUGCAUCCUUGAAGGCCUGCCAUGUAUAUAAUGAGGAGAACCAUGUUUUCCUUACUUUAGAAGUUAUGUUUACUCCAUUAAAUUCAAGCAUGGUGGCAGAGAUGGAAGUUUUUUCUUUUAGUUGCACCCAGAAAAUGGAACCAAGUGUGAAAAGAAAAAUAACCUGUGAAGAGGAUUACAUUGAGGUUUCCCUCAUUGUUGAUCCAGCUUUUCAGUUUGCUCUGUAUAAUGCUGCAAAGGAUGAUCUGGAUCCUUGGUAUUUUGAAGUUCACUAUCCUGAUGAUGGCACCAUUAAUGUGGACUAUGGGUGGAUUUUGGAUAAUGGAAUUGGUCUUAACAUCAGUGCCUUCAAUGGUUGGAUAACUUUCAGGGUACCAGUUAGCCAUCCAAUUAUUCAAAAGAAGGAUUUGACAAAUCGCCAAUUUCUUCGGUACAAAGUUGCUGCAAAGCAUGAAGAUCUCCUGAUUGGAUUGCGGUAUGAUUUGAGUGCUCUUUGUCCAAAAGUCUACAUUCAAUGCAGAAAUGGCAGAAUUGCCAUGACUGCUGCCAAUGUAAAGUUUCCUGUAAGAGGCGAAACCAGUGACCUUAUCAUUGGAAUGAUGAAGGAUGGUACCAUAAUGUCUCAGCAAGAGAUGGAAGAUAACCACAUUCACUUAUAUCUUGAUGCACAUAAACUUGGUGUAACCUAUCCACAAAGCUUUAAUAUGGGCUAUGAUGUGAAUGGUCAGUUUCUCUAUAUGCACCAGCUACACUUGGUCCACACGUGGAGAGACUUGGAUGAGAGGGGUGAUGUCAGCAUGCUGAUAAAACUACCUGGAGAGAGGUGUCUAGAAAAAAGUUUGAAGUCUACAAAGCCCGAGUUUGUAGGCAAGUCCUUUUUGGUGGGGCGAGUAUUAAGCGUUUUCUGA